AUGUCGUGCUCCAUACCCCAACGCUGCGCCCGUCAGCUUCUCCGAGAGCCCUUCCAGCGCGGCUCCCUACCCAUCUUCCUCGCACCCGCCUUCUCCCCCCGCACACAAUGCUUCUCGACCACAUCCCCGGCGCAGUCCCGAGUUGGAGGUGCCGCGCUAUCCAUCCCCCCGGAAGUGUCAUUUAAGCUCAUCGAUAUCCCCGCGACCCUCUCCCGCACACGAGGAAAGGAUAUCCCCAAGUUUAUGGCCGAGAUUAAGGGUCCUAAGGGCGAGAUGAGCCUGAACAUUCCCUCGUUCCUCACUAUCACCCGCGAUGAGACAGGCCAGAAGGCUAGUUUGUCAGUCUUGGAUCAGACGGUUCCUCACCAGCGUGCUAUGUGGGGAACUAUUCGCGCACUCCUCCAGAAUCAUAUCCUCGGCGUUUCCGAAGGCCACGUCUGUGUCUUGAGUAUGGUUGGUGUCGGUUACAGGGCUACUAUCGAGGAGAAGGCGUCCACCGUUCAAGCCGACUACCCCGGCCAAAAGUUCGUUUCCCUCAAGGUCGGCUUUUCCCACCCAAUUGAACUGGGCAUUCCCCGGGGCGUUGUUGCGAGCACACCGCAACCUACCAGAAUCUUGUUGGAGGGUGUUGACAAGCGGGUUGUGACCCAAUUCGCGGCCGAGAUCAGAGAAUGGAGACGCCCCGAGCCGUACAAGGGCAAGGGUAUCUUCGUCAACGGAGAGACUAUCAAGCUCAAGGCGAAGAAGAUCAAAUAG